AUGGCCGCCAACACUCUCUACCAGUAUUCCACCGCCUCAGCCCUAAUGGCCGGCGUCGCAUCACACGGCAUUCCGUUAUCGCGCCUGCUGUCGCAUGGCAACCACGGGCUGGGGACCAUGGCGUUUAUCAACGGCGAGGUCGUCCUGCUCGACGGGACGGCAUACCACCUGCACCCGUCGGGCUCGAUCCGGAUAGCAGAAGGACACGAAGAGCUGCCAUUUGCCAUGGUGACGCCGUUCAACGACGCGAGGAAAAAAUGGGCUACGUUUGCGGAGGGUCUCUGCAACAAGAGUGCCGUCUUCGACUGUCUGUCGCGGCUGAUGUAUCCAGAAGAAGCGAAAAAUCAGAAUCACUUUGCGUUCUUCCUGGUAUCCGACGCGCUCUUUGACAGCAUCACCGUCCGCGUCGUCCGCAGCCAGCAGUACCCCAACCAGCCGCUGGCGGAGCUGGGCGACGCGCAGAAAGUGGACUGCUACCGCGGUGUCCGCGGGUGUCUCGUCGGGUUCUGGUCGCCGAUGUUCAUGGACGGGGUCUGCGUCGGCGGGCUGCAUAUGCAUUUUUUGUCGCAGGACAGGACGUUUGGCGGCCAUGUGUUGGAGCUGGAGGCUCGAGGGGCGGUGUCCAUGACGGCGGCUGUUCUGCAUCAUUUUCACCUGGAGCUCCCUGUCAAUGAGGAGUUUGAUAACGCUCGGCUGGGGGGUGGUGGUGAGGCUCUGCAUAAGGUGGAGGUGCAAGAGAAGCAUCGGGGAUAUUGGUCAGAAAUUACCAUAUAUAGUAAUAGCAGGUAG